CGGGAUUACAAAAAUAUUUGCUGAUUAACAAAUAUUACUAAUUCAGCAGACAUGUCCCCAAUAGUCGUAACUGAUAGGACUUAUUACAAUCUCGAGAAGUAAAAUGCUUAUGCUAUUACAUAUCGCUGGUAAUUUGGAUAAAUAGGACAUCGUAAAAGGGAAACACAAAGUUGAAUAAUUAAAUAAGUUUGGAAAAGGGCAAAAUGAAAAAGAAAACAUUGGGACUCUUUUUCCUGACUUGUAACAUUGCAGUAUGUUUAUUACUAUACAUGAUAUUGCAAAUACACAAGUUUGGAAAACAAAUUCACAACAUCGAUAGUAACAGAUAUACACAUGACUUAAGCGGCUCAUCAUAUCAAAAACCUGCUGUCGUAUAUCCGCGGAUUAAUCAAGAUUUUAUUUACCGAACUUUGCAACUUGAAGACAGUGUGAAUCUUUAUUUUAACACCAUUGGUGAUGCUAUAUGUUACACAGAAGGCACCACCAAGAUAAGCAUUGAAGAUAAAACUUGUGUAUGCAGAAAUGACUAUAGUGGAAAUGAUUGUGGAAUACCAAAAGCAGUGGCGGAUGCACCCUCAUACUCAACACUGAAAUCAAAACUGAGACGCCGGCUGAAGCCAAGGCGAGUGGUAAUGGCUUUUACAUUUAAUCAUGAGUUUGAUCAGCUUGAGGCACGACUACAUGAGCACUACAAACAUGUUGAUGUGUUCUUAGUUGUCGAAUCAAAUUAUUCCUCGCAUGGUGAUCCCAAACCAUUGAGACUCCUAGAGAAACUUAAGAAUGGAUACCUUGCAAAAUAUAUUCCAAAGUUAUUAUAUAUUUUCUUAGAUACAUUUUCUCCCUCAGGGAGAAUAGACGGUUGGGCUGCAGAAAAUCAUAUUAAGAAUUCUGCCUCUAUUUUGGGACUUCCUAGACUGAACCAAACAAGACCAGAUGACUUGUUCCUAUUUUCUGAUGCUGAUGAAUUGGUCUCAAAGGAAGUAGUAAUAUUUCUAAAACUUUAUGACGGCUAUCCAGAACCAAUGUCAUUUUCACUGAGAUGGUCAACAUAUACAUUUUAUUGGAAAAAUAAGGUCAACACAGUAGUUACAUCUGCUUGUUCAUUGAAUAUGCUGAGGAGGCUCUUGGAGAAUAAGUCAAACAAUAUACGAGCAGCUGCCAGAGAACUGUCGUCAUCUAAAAACCUUAAUAAUGUCAUGAGAUAUCGCAAGCUAUACGGUGAUGUGGGCAUUUGGGUGGUAGGGUCCACAAUGCACCCAGCUGGUUGGCACUGCUCCUGGUGUUUCAGCCCUAAAGAUAUCUUAGUGAAACUUACAUCAGCAAUAAAUGCUGAUUUCCCAAGAUGGGGUGAUUAUCCAGAAAAGAGGAACCUCACUUAUAUUUCUAAUUUAGUUAGGACUGCUACAUGGUUUGAUGGGAAAAAAUUAUCAAAUAGACCUGUAGUACAAGUUGACAAAUAUUUCGCACCAGCAUUUUUCUUGGAACAAUCUGAAGUGUUUAAAGAUUUGAUACAUCAUAAUAUGACAAACAAAAACAUAACAUCAGGGAUAUACAAGAAGAAUGUAUGAUCAUAUUUUUAUCUUGACUACAAAACUAAAGAUGCUUUUUUGGUUUGACUGGAGGUUGAAAAUUUUUUAGCUUUACUGUCUUAAGCCUAUCUUGAUUCAAAAGGUUUCACCUGCUCCAACUUCA